CACACAUGUUUUAAAAAUCGUUUCUCAAAUUUAAUAAUAAUUGGAUUUAAUCCAUUUCAUUUAAUUGAAUAGAUUUCUUUCAAUUUAUAAUAAUAAUGUCUUUGAUGAUUCAAGUUGCCAAUUGUAUUGCCCAAGCAUCAAGCGAUAGCAGACGAAUUGUAGGACAAGUGUUGCUGAAUUGGUCACAAGUUCGUUAUCGUCGUGCGGUAGCGUUCCGUGAAUAUCGCCAACCUCAUUUCAAACAAAAACUUUUGCUAGCCGUUUGUGAGCCUGUUUUUCCACGAUCGACAAUACCAUUGGAGGAAAAAUGUGGCCAUUUACGACCACCACCACCUCGAUCAGAUCAUCCAUAUGAUAUCCUACUUGCCGCUGAUAUGGCCCAAGAAUUAAAACAAUCCAAAUUAUUAUGUUUAUUCCACCAGAAUCAAUUUUCUAGAUCUGAUCGAAAAUUAUUAUCAAAUGAAUUUGAACAUGAAGGAAUGCUGUUACGUUAUUAUAAUCGUGAUAUUGCUAGAAUUUGCCUUCAAGAUACACCUUACCAACCACUGCUUCAUUUUGCUAUCGGUUACCCUUUUACCGUCCUAUUUGCUCCUAAUCUGGAAAAAAUUGAUAAAAUUUUCAAAAUAUCACGCAAAUACCCUCAAGCAAUUCUCAUGUGUGCUUUGGUUGAACAUCGACGUUUGAUUACCAACGAUCAAUUGCAAGAAUUGGCAAAAUUAGGGGAUAUUGAUCAACAACGUGCCAUCUUAUGCAAUACGUUAAUGAUAGGACAACAACAAAUGAUUUCGACAUUAACACAUCAUACAAGUCAGCUAAAACAGUUGAUAAAUAGUCGACAUCAAGAACUGGAAAAAAAUGAUCAACAUUCUCAAAAUAGAUGAUUUUUUUUUGUAAAUUGUUCUAUAUGAUUUUUAUU